AUGUUCGCGGCUCCAUCGAUGACGGCUGAUGACGCGAAUCGAGAUCACACCUCUCUCACCGAGAACUGCGUACUCAAUACACGUGACCGUCAGAUGGAGUGGACUUACGCACAACCCGGUUAUCCUCAGUGGAAUGGCCAAGUCUGGUCCACCACACCUCCAUUCCCUACACCAGCGCUCACCGACAGGUCUCUGUCAUCGUCAUCACUGUACGGAGAGCGAUCGCCCAGCCUCGGCUCAUCGGGGGCGGGGGGCUUUUCCCGCAGGACUUUUGACGUACCGUGCAUGACCAGCAUUUCUUCGCCUGGAAAGAAUCUCGAUGACGCCCGCACAAUGCCGUCCAUCAGCCACGGAGACCGUGCUGACGUAGCACAAUCGCUUCAGAACGCCAUACCCUGUCCGUCCAGCCAGCACGACUGCUCUGUGGCCUCGCUUUCGUCUACCUUCAACGGGCUCUCCAUGUACGAUCAACAAGGAGCAGACUCGGCUCGACCUGCGGACAUUGAGUCGCUUCGCAUGGCGACGUCUUUCAUAGACGCUAGACAGCCAACACCUCUGCUCAUUCCGAUGCAGCCUACCGGGGCAGGAGUUCCGCUCACCUCUGUGGUGGAGACGCUGUCCUCCAAAGGAUCGAAAGCAGCUGCCGAGGACCCGGAGACCGUCGCUGCUGCUUUCAAGCUGAGUCAGUGGGGGAUUGGUAUCGGUCCAGGCAUCAACCCUAAAGUCGCAUCCAGUCGCAAUGGCAGCCACUGCCGGGGCAGGAGCACUGCCAGCGAGCCCCCGAUCGUAAACACGGGCAAUUCCGGUCCCAUGUGUGUCCAGCCGGGUGACUGGAUAUGCACCAGCUGUGGCUUUGUUAACUGGAGGCGACGCGAUGUUUGCAUGCGUUGCUUCCCUUACGCCGAUGGCAAUGAAAUCGGUCGUGGCAUUCAAGGCGGAGAGCUGCUGGCGAAGAGGCUGGCUGCUGGCUUGGACACAGACACCGAAGAGUACAGGAGGUCUGUACAAGCGCUCUGUCCGGACAAAACGAAGCACAGCCUCGAGACAGGCACGCAGCGACCCAUCGUUCACGAGCUGCCUCGAAACCCUCUGCGAGCAUAUGGCAACGAGAACUCUUUCAAUGAAGGUCACACAGUUGUCGCUCCAACCCACGAUCACGACGUGCAGCCUUCCAACAUGCUUGGAAUUCAUCCUGGCCCGAUCCUGCAGCAGCAAUGGCGACAGUCUUCGGAACGUGCCAUGGCUACGCUACCUGACCAGCUUCCAGGAUACGGCGGCUACCAGAAGCCCGAAGUGUACCAACAUCCUAAUCACUAUGGCCCGACAACGUCGCAGGCGCCACAGCAGACGCAAUUCUGUGGCGAUCCCAGUCAGGUCUUGAGCCCUUACAAAGCAUACUCUCCACAGAUGGACUGGCCGCAUCGGCCCUUGCCUUCCGACGGCAGCGGUGUCGCACGUCCUUUUCUGCCGCGUGCUGACGUGUCGAUCGAAGAGAGCUUCUUCCCAUACAUGGCUCAGACGAGCCCACCCGAAGUGUCACAGCAGGAAGAUCUCCGUCAAGACACGACUUUGAAAGGCGUACGCAGCCCUUGCCGCUCUCUUGCGACUGUGUGGUCGCACAUCGACCACACUCCUCAAUCGUCCCUUGAGCUGCCAAGGGACAUCUGGGCCCCGGCGCCUAAACGACCGAUGCAGAUUCGUGUCGAUCCUGAAGACGUCUCACGCGAGAAACGCACAAAGCCACAGCCUAUCGGCACUCGAGCUGCCGGCAGCUGCGUCAGUGGCAAUGGUGCUAGCAACCAGGCUUCUGGCAGCUCUUCAAUGACUGGUGGAAAGACUCAAGAACGUACUUCGGAACCCGCUGAAAGAAAGGAAGAUGACGGCAGCGACAAGAACAACAACAGCAACAACAACAACAUUAACGUCAAGUAA